AUGAGUGUACCACUUACAGAGCAUACUGCCAUUUUGGCCAAGUAUUUGGACUUGCCGCAAAAUGGUAAGGUUUUGGCCGAAUACGUUUGGAUUGAUGCUGAAGGUAAAACUAGAUCUAAAUGUAAGACUUUACCCAAGAAACCAUCUAGUGUUGAUGACUUGCCAGAAUGGAACUACGAUGGUUCGUCUACCAUGCAGGCGCCAGGCCAUGACUCAGAUAUAUAUUUGAGACCUGUUGCCUUUUAUCCGGACCCUUUUAGAAAGGGCGACAAUCUCAUUGUUUUGUGUGAAUGUUGGAACAAUGACGGUACUCCAAACAAGUUCAACCACAGACACGAAUGUGCUAAAUUGAUGAAGGCACAUGCCGGUGAAGAAGUUUGGUUUGGUUUAGAACAGGAGUAUACUUUAUUUGACCAAUUUGACUACCCUUAUGGAUGGCCAAAAGGUGGUUUCCCUGCUCCUCAAGGUCCAUACUAUUGUGGUGUUGGUACUGGUAAAGUUGUUGCUAGAGAUGUUAUUGAAGCUCAUUACCGUGCUUGUUUGUAUGCCGGUAUCAAUAUUUCUGGUAUCAAUGCCGAAGUUAUGCCAUCCCAAUGGGAAUUUCAGGUUGGACCCUGUGAAGGUAUAGAUAUGGGAGAUGAGUUAUGGAUGGCUCGUUAUCUCUUGGAAAGAACCGCUGAAGAGUUUGCAGUUAAAGUUUCAUUCCAUCCAAAACCAUUGAAGGGAGACUGGAAUGGUGCUGGAUGUCACACAAAUGUUUCCACAAAGAGCAUGAGAAAAGCUGGUGGUAUGAAGGUUAUUGAAGUUGCUUUAAGUAAAUUGGCCAAAAGACACAAAGAACACAUGUUAUUAUACGGAGCUGAUAACGACCAAAGAUUAACCGGACGCCAUGAAACUGCAAGUGGAGAUUCAUUUUCGUCGGGUGUCGCUAAUAGAGGAGCUUCGGUUAGAAUACCAAGAGCAGUUGCUAAAGAAGGAUUUGGUUACUUUGAAGAUAGAAGACCAGCAUCUAAUAUUGACCCAUACUUGGUUACCGGUAUAAUGGUGGAAACAAUUUGUGGUUCAAUUCCUGAUGCUGAUAUGUCUAAAGAGUAUCUUAGAGAAACAAGCGAUUAG